UUCUCCGGUCCGACCUGCUGGCUUUCUCCCACCGGCAGCAGCGAUGCAUAGGAAACAGUGAAGCGGCUCCGGCGUCACCCUCCACACAUUAACUGGAGCAUAAUUACUGAACUUAUAUUUUAUUUAAUUGUAAAUUAAAACUCCCGGAUGGUGCCGCCUGCUGAAGAAGGGUAAUCAGACGCAGAGCCCGGUGGCGGCGGGGAGGGAGGGCUAGCUGGCUGGAGGAGGUAACUAAAGCCAGUGCGACCGGGUGAAUCUCGGAUUCAGUGGAGGAUUUCACCGGGACAUUUUUGGAUAUUCGGGCCGUCUUUGAGCAGGUUCUCUUGCCUGUGGUGGUUUACUUCAGGUGCGCUCGGUCCUUGAUGCUCCGGAGGCCCGGGAGAGCUCAGACUGCGGAGCCCCGGAGCAGGGCUCGGACACCGGGGUGGUAGAGGAGGAGCCUGUCUGUCUGUCAUCUGUCUGUCUGUCAUCUGUCUGUCUGAUUGGACCCAGCGAACACCAUCCACCAUGAACCCUCUGAACCAGAUGAAGGCUGGACUGGCCAACAACCCACACAGUGAGGGCUCCUACCCCUACGACCCCUCCAGCUGGCAGCAACCCACCAAUCAGCCCACUGGAUCCCUCUCCGUGGUAACCACCGUCUGGGGAGUGACCAAUCCCUCGGCCAGCCAGGGUCUGGGUGGAGGGGUGAUGGGGCCCGGAGCCAACCCAGGCGGGGGCCCCAUGAUGCAGGGUCCCGGGGGUCCAGGCAUGGCCGGCGGGCCUGGUGGUUACAUGGGCCAGCAGGGCUACGGAGAGCCCAGCAAAGGCUACAUGAACCAGGGCAUGUACAGCCGCACGGCCGGGGGCUACGCUGGAGGACCGGGGGGGUACACAGGAAGUUACCCGUCUAACCCCGGCGGCUCCAGAGGCUCGGCUGACUUCACUCAGGCUGCCGCUGCCGCCGUCGCUGCUGCUGCUGCCACGGCAACCGCCACAGCUACAGCAACUGUCGCCGCCAUCCAGGAGAAACAAAACCAAGAGAUGAACUACGGACAGAUGGGGGGUCCAGCCUAUAACAACCAGUUCAUGGCCCACACUGGUCCCCGCGGCCCCCCUGGCAUGGCUCCUGGAGGUAUGGGGCCUGGUCCAGGCCCUGCCAGGGGUCCCCCCUCAAUGGGCCCCAUGUAUGGACCUGGAGGGGGCCCACAGAGGGUCCCCCAGCACCAAAACUAUGGUCCCGGACCACAGCAGGGCCACCUGAGGCCCCCACAGGGCCUCAAACGGCCCUACAACUCUGAGUCCUUCCCAGGAAUGUCUCAGCAGUACGGCGUUCCCGUUGGUUCCAGUGUGAACGUGAUGUCGGGUCCCGGUGGUGCCGGUGGUUCAUUGGCGGGUUCAGGUGGAGGCAGUCACACUGGGCCUGGUCCGUACUCUGGGCCGAACAUGCAGUACCACCCAGGUCCUGGUGGUCCAGGCCCUGCCCCCCAGCGCUCGGGCUCCUCACCCUCUUAUCAGAGCCAUAAGAUGUCCCUGCCACAGUACCCCCCCUCUGGACCCCCCAGCUCUCAGUACUACAAGCAGGACCAGUUUAACGGUCAGGGUGGAGGUCUGAAUGCUCUGACCACAGGGGGCGCUGGUGGUGUCUACAACUCCUUUAAUCAGCCUUCUGGGCCUGGUCGAGGGUUGCCAGGUUACCCCUCCUCCCCAGUACCUGGUAACCCGACCCCUCCCAUCACCCCCAGCAGCUCCAUGGCCCCACCCUACAUGUCUCCUGGCAACAGUGACGUCAAACCGACACCCUCUUCCUUCCUGCCCGACAUCAAACCCAACAUGGCCGGCCUGCCCCCUCCCCCACCUACAGGUAACCCCAGUGAUGACCUGCGGCUGACCUUCCCGGUGCGUGACGGUGUGGUCCUCGAGCCCUUCAGGUUAGAGCACAACCUGGCAGUCAGCAACCACGUCUUCCAGCUGCGAGACUCCGUCUACAAAACCCUCAUCAUGAGACCGGACCUGGAGCUCCAGUUUAAGUGUUACCACCAUGAGGAUCGACAGAUGAACACCAACUGGCCCGCCUCCGUCCAGGUGAGUGUGAACGCGACUCCCCUCACCAUCGAGAGAGGCGACAACAAAACUUCCCAUAAGCCUUUGUACCUGAAGCAGGUGUGUCAGCCUGGCAGGAACACCAUCCAGAUCACCGUCACCGCCUGCUGCUGCUCUCACCUGUUUGUCCUCCAGCUGGUUCAUCGUCCGUCGGUUCGUUCGGUGCUGCAGGGUCUGAUGAAGAAGAGGCUGCUGCCUGCGGAGCACUGUGUCACCAAGAUAAAGAGGAACUUCAGCAGCGGUUCGAUUCCUGGGACCCCCGGGUUAAACGGAGAGGACGGCGUGGAGCAGACGGCCAUCAGAGUCUCAUUAAAAUGUCCCAUCACUUUCCGCCGCAUCCAGCUGCCCGCCAGAGGUCACGACUGCAGGCACAUACAGUGUUUUGAUCUGGAGUCGUACCUGCAGCUAAACUGUGAGAGAGGAACCUGGAGAUGUCCCGUGUGCAAUAAAACGGCUCUGUUAGAAGGCCUGGAGGUGGAUCAGUACAUGCUGGGAAUCCUCAUCUACGUUCAAAAUUCGGAGUAUGAGGAGAUCACCAUCGACCCGGUGUGCAGCUGGAAGCCGGUUCCUGUGAAGCCGGACCUCCAUCUGAAGGAGGAGUCUGACGGCCCGGUGUUGAAGCGCUGCAGGACGCUCAGCCCGAGUCACAUGGUCCUGCCCAGUGUAAUGGAGAUGAUCGCGUCGCUCGGCCCCGCCCCCUCCUCUUCCACCUCGGCGGCCUCCUCCUCCCCGAUGCCCUACCCCUCCCUACCUGCAGCUGGCAGCAACAACAGCAGCAACACACCUGACUACCCCGGACCAGCUCCGUCCUAUCCCGGUCAGUCCACUAGUUUCUCAGACUUCAGCGGUCCUGGGACCCCGGGGGUCGGGGGGGACUUCUCCUCCCCCGGUCCUCCCCCUCUCUCCUACCAGUCUGAGCUCUCCAGUGCCCUCCUCACCCCUGACAAGCCUCCCCCUCACCCGCUGGCUGGACAGAUAUCAGUCUCAGGCCGUCUGGACUCCACUUCCCAGGGUGUCUCCCAGCAGCAGUCACAGGGUCUCCACAGCAACUCCCAACUAGGGGGCAGCAACCAGAUGAUGCAGCGUAGCAACCAGAAUCCCCGUCUCCAAGGCGACAGCUCCUUUGGGCUCGGCGGGUCUGCGGAGGUUUCAGAACCUUCUCUGGACUUGCUUCCUGAGUUGACCAACCCGGACGAGCUGCUGUCCUACCUCGGACCUCCAGACCUCCCGAGCAACAACAACGACGACCUGCUGUCCCUGUUUGAGAACAACUGAUCACACACACUCUCACACACUCUCACACACACACACAUACACACACACACACACACACACACACACACACACACACACACAUACACACACACAUACACAUACACACACACACAUACACACACACACACACACACACAUACAUACAUAUUUUCUCUCCUCGCCCGCCAACACGACGGCCGGUCCAACAUGGCUGCCGUCUGCACAGGAUGGAGCGGACGACAAGAAGGAAACAAACAGCUUUUAAAUACGAGAACUCUUUGAUGUGACUAUGAACUCGAUGGUAACUUUAUUUUAUGUUUUUUUUAUUCUCUGAAACCGUAUUUUGAUGCUUCAUCCUUCAUUCCCUGUCAGAGCCGACAGGCAGAGACUCAGAUCACGUUCACGUCACUGCUGAGCGUCCUCCACAUCGUCCACCAGCCUGUAAGCUGAGUUCCCUCCUUCCACAUCACCGUUCGUUUCCAACCCAGUCUGUCUUUUUCUCAAAGUGGCGUUGGGUCGUGGACGUCCAGCAGUGAUGACGAGUGAAGACAUUUGUUGUUAAUGAGCAGAAGCAGCAGCCAGGUCCUUUAAACCCGGAGGUUUCUGGUCCAGAUGAGUUUAAAUGUGAUGGUGUAAACAGGUGAAGAUGAGCUUUAAAGGAGCAGUCUGCGUUUUCCACCUGAGACACUGAAGUGAGUGUGAACAGACUCCGUUUACACUGAGCCACAGCGUCUGCUUUGUUUUCCUGUGAAUUUUGAAGAAGUUCAGGUCUUUGGUUUUGUCAGAAAUCCUGGGAUUUCUCACCAGAACAGAGCAAACGUUCACGUGUCCUGGUGUUUUCCUGUGUGGGGCAGAUCUGAUUCUGUUCCAACACUUUGUCUGAAAAGUGGAAAAAGACAAAGAAAACCAAAGAGAAUCAUUUAAUCCUCAGUUUUUAAUAAGUAUAAUCAAAAUUCAUCGCUGGUUAGAGGAUCACUGUUGUCAGGUGAUCGGCCGACGCACUGUUUGUUUGGACUAACUGAGCGUCUGUGACUGGACCAGUGUGAACAUGAUGUGAAUCAGAUUCUGUGUCUGUCAGACACCUGAUCUCCAGCCAGAGUCAGACAGAGCUCCUCACCUCCAGCCGGAGGAGGAGGAGCAGGAGCAGGAGGAGCAGACGCUGUCAGAUCCUUCACUGCAGUAAAAGCACUAACACCACGCUGUAAAAAAUAUUCCACUACAGGUAAAAAAUGUGAAGUAAAAGUAUGAGUACGAUCAGGAAAAGGAAAAUAUUUAAAGUGAAAGUACUCCAAGCAGAAAAAGUUGGUUAUUGAAAUAAUCUGCAGUCAUUUGAUCAAUCAGCUGAUUGAUUCAUUGAUAUUAAAGCAUCAUAUUUUACCAGUUUGUCACGUUUUGUGUAAAAAAAAUCUGGAUCUGUAAAGUUCCUAGUAACUGCAGCUGAAUGGAGCGCAGGAGGACAGGAUUUCCCUCUGACAUGUAGAAGAGUACAGGUGCUGUACCUGUUCUCAGGUACAGUACCUGAGAACAGGUAGUUACCUUCCACCACUGGACACUGCACAGAUUCAGCACAGAUUCAGCC